CCCGCCCCGCCCGGCUUGACCUUGGCCUGAGCCCGGCCUAGGGGGCGCGGGGGGCGCCCGUCGUCCCGGAGAGCAGAGGAGGCCUCCGCGGGGUGGGCCGCAGUGGGCGCGCUGGCCCCUGGCGGUCGUGGGUGUCCGUUUGCGGGGCGCCUCCCCAAGCGCCCGGAACCCCGGGGACCGGAGCCGUCGUUAUGCCCACUUUGCAGAUGGGAAACUGAGGCUCAGAGAAGCCUCUGGUCCGAUGUCCGAGGUCCGCGGCCGGGGAGUGGGCGCUGGACCUCAUCUGGGCCAGGCUUCUCCCUGCCGCCAGGCGCCCCGAGAUCGGCCCUUUCCCACGGGCACAGGCUCCCAGCUGGGAAGAGAGGGGGCGGAGGAAGGUUUGCUCCUGGGCGGUGGCAUCUGUGUCCCCUCGCCUUCAGCCAGUUGCAGCAGCGUGGGCGUGGAACCUGCGCUCGGAGUUUGUGCUCGCGUCCCCGAGUGACCGCCGCCUCCGCUCAGACAGCCGGGUGUGCACACCUUCAGCAGGCCUUGGGGAAGAUGGCGGCCCCGGGGGACAGUCGGGAGCCCCCUCAUGUCCCAUCCCCUGUCAGUCUCGAGUCACCGGGGACACCUGGAGCCCACCACCAUGAGGCCCGGCGUCACCUCCACGGUCAUCAACACGGGUCUCCCAGCUGCAGCCCUGAGGUGCUCUCCCAGCCACCGCGGGAGGAGGAGCUGUCGGACCUGGAUCUCCAAGAUGUGGAGGAGGUCCAGAUCAGCCGAGACACCUGCUGGCCAGAUUCCGAGUCGGAGCCCGAGCAGGCUCCACCAUCUCCCCACCCACACGAUCCUGAAGAUGAGGAGGACCAGGAUGGGGGCGUGCUGAGAACCCUGCUGAGGAGCCUUCCCCAUAGACCCAAGUGUGGGGACAGCUUUGGGCAGGAGUCCAGCUUGGAGCGGCCAGCAGGCCAGCCGCCAGGGGCCAUGCCCUGCUCCCAGAGGAGGGGCGCCUGGCGAAUGACGCUCAUGCCACAGGGAGCCUCUGGAACUGAGGGUGGCCCCGAGCGGGCCGCCGAGCUGGGGGGCAGCUUCGCCCCGGGUGCGGGCCUCGGGGCCCGGCAGGGCGGCCCGCGGGGCGGGAAGCCGCACCAGUGUGAGGCCUGCGGCAAGAGCUUCAAGUACAACUCGCUGCUGCUGAAGCACCAGCGCAUCCACACAGGCGAGAAGCCCUACGCCUGCCACGAGUGUGGCAAGCGCUUCCGCGGCUGGUCGGGCUUCAUCCAGCAUCACCGCAUCCACACGGGCGAGAAGCCCUACGAGUGCGGCCAGUGCGGGCGCGCCUUCAGCCACAGCUCGCACUUCACGCAGCACCUGCGUAUCCACAACGGCGAGAAGCCCUACAAGUGCGGCGAGUGCGGCCAGGCCUUCAGCCAGAGCUCUAACCUGGUGCGGCACCAGCGGCUGCACACGGGCGAGAAGCCCUACGCCUGCAGCCAGUGCGGCAAGGCCUUCAUCUGGAGCUCCGUGCUCAUCGAGCACCAGCGCAUCCACACGGGCGAGAAGCCCUACGAGUGCCCCGACUGCGGCAAGGCCUUCCGUGGCCGCUCCCACUUCUUCCGGCAUCUGCGGACCCACACGGGCGAGAAGCCCUUCGCCUGCGGCGCCUGCAGCAAGGCCUUCGGCCAGAGCUCCCAGCUCAUCCAGCACCAGAGGGUCCACUACCGGGAGUAGUGGGCACAGGAGGCCGUUGCUGAGCUGGGAGGGGCGCUGGCGCAGCCGGGGAUUGAGGCGGGUUCUGGAGGCAGUGCUCUGCCUCCUCACCCUUCCUGGCUGGCGCCGCGUGCCGGUGUCCCCAAUAAAUCCUUUUUAAUUGAUGGAAACAGGAGCCACUCCUGCCUGGGCAAGGCCAUGGGCUGCUUCCCGUCCCUAAGGGCCUGUCUCUGGAGAGGAGUGACGGCCUUACCCAGUGCCCUGUUUAGUCUCCUGGGGCCUCGUGGGCAGGCUGAGCUCACCCGCGACUGAGGCCAAGGGUGCCUGACUUACCCGUAGCCGUAGCCAGGGAGUAGUCAGGUGCCCCAAAAUGGGUGUUUCCAGAUGCAGAGACCCAGAGAGGGCAGGGAGGGCAGGGCUGGCACAGGCCCCCCUCCCCCUCGCCUUGGGCAUGGGGUCUCUGGAAAUUGGCUCCCUCACGUAUCUAGAGAAUGCGUGUAGCAGAAUCUCCAUGGGACAAGCCCUCGGACCUACCCGGGUGCCUGCUCACCUGCCUUUGCACUUGGUGGUGGCCACCUGCAGGAAGGGGCUCCUGCCCAUUGCCACUGCUGGUCUGCCAGUCGAUCGGCCCUCACAGCUGCCCCAGCCCUGGGAAGGUGGGGCCCAGGUGUCCACCUCUUGACAGGUGGGCCACUACGGCUGCAGCUGGGUCAUGGCUUUGGCGAUUUUCAGAUCUGUCGGGGUGCCUUGUAGCUCCCGGACGCCCAGCCCCUGUGGUCCAGGGAAGAGGUCUGCUGGAUGUCGGCAGGCAUUGCGCCUGCUCCCUGCCGGCGCCUCCCGAGACUGGAGCUCCGAGCGUUGCCUCCCUGCUUCCUCCUCUUGCCGCUGAGACGGCGUCCUCGCCUCCCCAGGCCACACUCCCAGGGCCCCACGGCCACCAAGUCCUGUGGACUCCCUGCCCUGCGCCCCCCGCUCUGGGUGAAAGCCACUCCGGGGAAAGGGGCUGGAGGUCAGGUUGUCUCUGGACAUCAGUUUCAGGGGCCAAGUCACCUCUUUGAGUCGCCCUGUGGUGCCCUGGGAUUCAGGCCUCUCUUCCUGAAAGACGGGAAACCUGCCUUCUCCCCGCUCCUUUCCCCCGGUAAUACCGCGCCAGGCCGCAGAGCAGCGAGCAGAGCCCCCAGGGCUUCGCGGGAGCGGCAGGGUCAGCCUGUGUUCCAGCAGGGUCGUCCUGCAGCCUCAGCGCCGAAGCUGGACCCGGAUGCCCGCUCCGGACCUAGCAGGCGGCCACCGAGAGCAGAGCCCGGCAGUCCUCCAGGCCGCCCUAUACCGUCUGGGAGGUGGCCCACAAGCGCCUGUCCC